AGCAGGUGGCGCUGCUGUAUUUCAUGCUCGUCAGAAACAGGAGCGAGUUCCGGUGAAUAUCAAAUGUCUGCUAGUUAUCCUGCUCACCGAUGAAUUUCGCUGAUAAUUUACACAAAUGGCCGAGUAGCAUGGAUCUGGACUUCGGGAACAAACUGCCCCAGGCUCUGUCGACAAACACUAAACUGCCCCAGUCUCUCUCCUCUAGCGCGAAGUUUCUUCCCUCAGACCCGUUCGAGAGCUACAGGCGUCCGCAGGGGGUCCGAGUCAAAGAGGAAGACGAGAGUGUGGAGGACUUCUUUCAUUUCGCUCAGCACCUGCAGCAGCAGACCGGAGAGUGUCUCACGGCUUGCUGCGGCGCAUCAAACCCUAAAAGCCUGUCUCUCUCCGAUCCGGCCAAGACCCCCAGUCGUCCCUCUGCGGACCGGCCGUACCACUGCCAGGACUGCGGCAAAUACUUCCGGAUCAACGACAUCAAGCGGCACCAGCGGAUCCACAGCGGAGAGCGGCCCUUCCCCUGCUUCCAGUGUGGCAAGAACUUCCCCACCUCCGGGGACCUGAAGAGACACGAGCGCAUCCACACGGGCGAGCGGCCCUACCACUGCCUGCAGUGCGGCAAGAACUUCUCCGACUCGGGCCACCUCAAGCAGCACGAGAGGAUGCACACGGGCGAGCGGCCCUACCAGUGUCCGCAGUGUGCCAAGAGCUUCUACCGCUCCGGAGACCUGAAGCGCCACCUGAGGAUCCACAGCGGAGAGCGGCCCUACAAGUGCCUGCAGUGCGACAAGACCUUCUCCGACUCCGGGCACCUGCGGGGCCACCAGCGCAUCCACACCGGAGAACGGCCCCACCGCUGCACGCUCUGUGAGAAGAGCUUCUUCAGAUCGGGCGACCUGAAGCGGCACCACAGAACACACACGGGCGAGCGGCCCUACCAGUGCUUCCAGUGCGGGAAGAGCUUCUCCGAGUCGGGACACCUGAAGGAGCACCGGCGGAUCCACACCGGAGAGAAGCCCUACCACUGCAACCAGUGCGACAAGAGCUUCUCGCGGCUGGAGCGGCUCAAGGGCCACCAGAGCAUCCACACGGGCGAGCGGCCCUUCCACUGCACGCAGUGCGGCAAGAACUUCUUCCGCUCGGGAGAACUGAAGCGGCACCAGAGGAUCCACAGCGGCGAGCGAGCGUGAGAGAGAUCAGCAGCUGCUGCGUGCUGUUAAUGUGUUAGUCGUAGACCGUAUGAAGCGCUACCUCUGCACUGAUCCUCACCGUCUCUGUGUUCUUCACAGAUGUAGAGUUCAGUGACUCAUUAGAAGUGUAUUAUUACUGUGUGUGCUCACAUUCCCUGUAUUUAAUGAAUCUCUCUCAAACUGUCUGUGGUUAAUUUUCUUUUAUAUAACUGUUUUACUGUCAGCAUGAGAAGAUGCCACCGAAGCGUCUCUGGAUCUCUCGAUGCUGGCCGUGUGUUUCUAGCUGCUGUAAAUCAUGUGUGCGAGAAACAGAAUAACCAUUGAUGAAUAGAACAGAAUAAAACACUUUAUUAACUGUCAUGAAAGAUGUUACAGAGUAUAGAUCUGCUCUGAUUUAGCCACUGUUUGUGAUCGGUUCUGAUAGUAAACUGAGCUCAAGAAUCAUAUUAGAUUUACCUUUUAAGUUUUUUAAAUGAGCUCUUUGCAUGUGUUAUUGUUUAGAAUAGUCCUCUGUUUUUACUUUAUAUAUGUGUGUAUUUAACCAUCAGUAGCUUGAAGGCUUUUUAUAAGAGCUGUGUGCAGGACUGAAUUAUAAUUGUUUGGGCUCUUCAUGUUUAUCAAUGUUUUCUUCAUGUGUGUUGUCAUCCUUAAUAAACACUUCACCUCUAAGUACAGCCACA